UUUGGUUUGUCCUGGCUCACUUUAUCACCGGGCUCGUCUAGGCUGACAGAGCAGAGAGCGUCCUGUUUCCACUGCUGGAGACCAGGUGGGAGUACCUGCAUGCAGGGAAUGCAUAAAAGUAGCUGAAAGUUCAAGAACAGGUAUCUACAGCAAUGGAAAACAAUUUCAGCUUUGAUGAGGGCAGUGAAAUGUCCUAUGAAGAAAAUGACUCAGUCUUCCCUUCUCCAGUGAGACUGUUGCCACCAGGCCAGAGUGACAUUUUUGUUCUUGAGAGCAGGGAGGAUGAGGAGGAGAAUGAGCCACCAAUGGAGGCCAUCGUCAUCCCCAGCAAUUCAGAGGCUUAUUUGAACCUGAACACAAAUGCCACAACAAGAGGGGAUGCCCAAGCCUAUGUGGAGCUGAAUGAGCUUCAGGGCAGCACCUGGCAGGAGACCAGUCGAUGGGUGGGCUAUGAGGAGAAUUUAAACCCUGACACAGGAACAUGGGGUCCUUCUCAUGUCUCCUAUCUCACCUUUAAGAGUUUGAUCCAGCUACGCAAAGCCAUGAGCUCAGGUGCUGUCAUCUUUGACGUAAAUGCCAGCAGCCUGUCUGCUGUGGCUGAGAAGGUGGCCGAUGAGCUUCUGAACAAGGGUGAGAUCCGCUCAAGUGAUCGGGACGGGCUGCUGAGAGCUCUCCUCAUGAGACGCAGUCAGUCUGGGGGGCCUGUUGUUACCGCCUCUGGAGACAUUGAAAUGCAGACCUUUUCUGUAACCAAUAAGAGAGACAGCUCUGACAACAUGGAGGCCUCAAUUGUCCUCUCAGGUAUCCUGGACAUCCUGCAGAAACCAGUGGUGGCCUUUGUGAGACUCAGAGACUCUGUGGUGAUGGACUCAUCCCUGGAGUCGCCGGUCCCUGUUCGCUUUGUCUUUGUGUUGGUGGGUCCAAGCCAGAGCAACAUAGACUACAGUGAAAGUGGCCGCGCUAUGGGUGCUCUGAUGGCCGACUGGGUGUUCUGUCUGGAGGCCUUCUUGGCACAGACUGACAAAGAUCUAACCAAUGCAAUUGCUGACUUCAUGGACUGCAGCAUUGUGAUCCCCCCCACUGAGAUCCAGGAUAAGGGAAUGCUUGAACCGAUCAUCGAUUUCCAGCAAAAGAUGUUGCGUGACCGACUCCGUCCCUCAGACACUCGUCUUGCCUUCGGCGACAGAAUCAAAGCUGAGAAGGCUCCAGAGGAGCCGCGUGAGGACCCUCUGGCCCGUACAGGCUAUCCUUUUGGUGGGAUGAUAAAGGAUAUAAAGCGCCGUUACCGCCACUACAUCAGCGACUACACAGAUGCUCUGAACCCACAGGUCCUCGCUGCAGUCAUCUUCAUCUACUUUGCAGCCCUUUCCCCUGCUAUCACUUUCGGAGGGCUUCUGGCUGACAAGACUGAAAAAAUGAUGGGCGUGUCAGAGCUAAUGAUCUCUACCAGCAUCCAGGGUGAUUUCUGUCUAAUCGCCGCCCAGCCAGUCCUCGUCAUUGGCUUCUCUGGACCGCUGCUGGUGUUUGAGGAAGCAUUUUUCGCUUUCUGCAAGGCCAAUGACUUCGAGUACAUUGUGGGUCGUAUCUGGGUGGGGGUGUGGCUGAUAGUGAUUGUGUUCAUCAUCGUUGCUGUGGAGGGCAGCUUCCUGGUCAGAUUCAUCUCUCGCUUCACUCAAGAAAUCUUCUCCAUCCUCAUUUCGCUCAUCUUCAUCUAUGAGACCUUCAAUAAGCUCAUCAAGAUCUUCAAAACCCACCCUCUGGUCCUGAACUACGACCAUCUAAACGACACAAUGGACAACCCCUUUCACCCCGUCAUCAAGCAGCACACUGAGUAUCAUCCAGAUGGCAACGUAACCAUUAAAGAGUUGGAGAUUGAAAGGGCCUACCCCAACACUGCCCUGCUGUCCAUGUGCUUGAUGUUUGGCUGCUUCUCCAUUGCAUUCUUCCUCCGCACUUUCAAGACUGGUCAUUACUUCCCCGGCCCGCUGCGGCGUUUGAUUGGAGAUUUCGGUGUCCCCAUUGCUAUUUUCUUCAUGAUUGCUGUGGACAUCUGCAUUGAGGAUGCUUACACUCAGAAACUGGUUGUCCCAAAAGGUGUUGAGGUGACAAACCCCAAAGCCAGAGGUUGGUUGAUUAACCCCCUGGGAGAAAAGAAGGUAUUCCCUUAUUGGAUGAUGGGUGCCUGCUGUGUCCCGGCGCUGCUUGUCUUCAUUCUCAUCUUCCUUGAGUCCCAGAUUACCACGCUGAUUGUGAGCAAACCUGAGAGGAAGAUGGUGAAAGGAUCUGGUUUUCAUUUCGAUCUGCUUCUCUUGGUCACCAUGGGAGGCAUCUCCUCUAUUUUCGGGGUGCCCUGGCUGAGUGCUGCCACCGUGCGAUCCGUCACUCACGCCAACGCCCUCACAGUCAUGUCCAAGGGCCCAAAACCCGAGAUUGAGAAGGUGUUAGAGCAGAGGAUCAGUGGGAUUCUUGUGGCCAUCAUGGUUGGUGUUUCUAUCUUCAUGGAGCCCAUUCUGAAGAUGAUUCCCAUGACAGCCUUGUUUGGUAUCUUUCUCUACAUGGGUAUCACCUCUCUGAGUGGAAUCCAGAUGUGGGACAGGAUACUUCUGUUGAUAACGCCAAAGAAGUACCAUCCAGCUGACGCCUAUGCCACCAGGGUGGGCACAAUGCGGAUGCACCUCUUCACAUUUAUCCAGCUCGUGUGCCUUGGACUCCUCUGGAUGGUGAAGAUGAGUUCCUUCUCUUUGGCUCUUCCUUUUGUUCUCAUUCUCACCAUCCCUUUGCGCAUUGUCAUGACCGGCACUCUCUUCUCUAAACUGGAGAUGAAAUGUCUGGAUGCAGAUGAUGCCAAAGUGGUGUUUGAGGAGGAGACUGAGGAGGAUGUGUAGGCUACAAUGAGUCGCCAGUGCCAUGACUAACAACCCUACAUUUUUCGUUUACCAACUUUCAACUGAAUUUAAACAACCCUUAAGCAAAUGAUGUAAUAAAAAACAUUUGUCUUUGAGAUCUGAAUAUGUUAACGUACACAUUUCCAAGCUGUUUUUUAUUAUACAUUCCCUUUAAAGAAAAAAUACCUCUCAUAUCUAGUUUUCAUACAUUAGGUUUUUUUUUUUUUUUGCCUCUUAGCUACUACUAUGGCUGUCUUCUUUUCCACAUUUCAUACUCAUAUUCUAUUUAGAUUUUUUUUGUGGAACUAGUUUCCCCAUCCCACCAUAUAUAACUGCUGUUUUAUUUACUUUUUUUUUAUAAUGAACAAAAAGUCUCAUGCAGGACAAACACUUGAUGCCUUUUAAUGGAAAUCAUUCACCCUCAAUAUGUGGGAUACAUUUAUUUAUAUUACUUUUUUUUUUCUUUUAGUGUUUGGUGUUAUACAGUAUAGCUUUAAAAUGCCUAACCGUGCUGUGAAAAUGUCGCUCUGGUGAUGUUACAAUAAUAGUUUUCCAUGUAAUCUAAUAUUUACUUUUUAAAAUAAGAACAUUUAAUCCAUUGAGCCCGUUACACACACAGAUAAUCACAUUUUUGUGGGACACCAUAAAUAUCACACCAGCAAUUACCAUAUACAAUGGGCUUUGUUUAUUCUCAAAAUAUGUUUUGAAAGAUGUUGCUCUAGUUUGCCUCAUUUGACAUAUUAUGCAUGGUUUACUGAACAAGUUGGUAUUUUCUGUUCAGCUGAUCUGUUUAGAAUGUGUAUAGAAUUACGUUUAUUCAUGUUAUGUGUGUAAUUGCUUUCAUGUUUACAUUAAAAGGAUGAGAAAUAGUUGUUAGGUAUAAUGGAUUAUAAAAUAUAAGGGUUCUAGCUGAUUGUUGUGCCUAUAACUUUAUCUAGAAAGACUCAUUUGUAAAUUCAUCUUUUGUCAUCUCUAGCAUGUAUUUGUGUGCCUCAAACACUGUACAUGCUUUGGAUUUUCACUUAAUUUAAAAUAAAAAAAACUACCUUUUA